GGGAAGGCGCGUUCCGCCGCGACAGAGGCCGGGCGCGGCCCCUGCCGCCGCGGCGGCGCCAUGAUGCGGCGGACGAAGCCUGAGGUGGAGCGCUACGUCGCCUCCUUGCAGGCCGCGGCUCCGUCCCCCAGAGAGAAAUCGAUGAAAGGAUUCCUCUUUGCUAAGCUGUAUUUUGAAAUAAAAGAAUAUGAACUUGCUAAAAGAUAUAUAUCUACAUACCUCAAUGUACAAGAGAGAGAUCCCAAAGCACACAGAUUUCUUGGACAAAUUUAUGAAGCUGAGGAUAACAUAGAAAAAGCUUUUGGGUGCUACAAGCGUUCUGUGGAGUUGAACCCAACACAGAAAGAUCUCGUGUUGAAGAUUGCAGAGUUACUAUGCAAUAAUGACAUUACUGAUGGAAGAGCAAAAUACUGGGUUGACAGAGCUGCUAAGCUCUUUCCUGGGAGCCCUGCUAUUUACAGGUUGAAGGAGCAGUUACUGGAUUGUAAAGGUGAAGAUGGGUGGAAUCAGCUCUUUGACUUGAUUCAAGCAGAACUUUAUGCAAGACCAGAUGAUGUCUACAUAAACAUCAGACUAGUUGCACUCUAUCGUUCAAAUAACAGAUUAAAGGAUGCCGUGCUCCAUUGUCAGGAGGCAGAGAAGAGAAUACCUUUGCAGUCAAGCUUGGAAUGGUGUUCCUGUGUUGUAGAGACAUUUGAGGAAUAUCUGGAAUCUUUACAAGACUUGGAGUCUGAUAAAAAUAACUGGAGAACUAUCAAGAAAGAUCAUCUGCUGGCCUAUUCCAGCUUUGUCAAACUGACACUUUCCUCUAGAGAUGUUCAGGAAUGCAGAGAGGCACUUGAAAGUUUUGAUCGUGCGCUUCAGUCGGUAAAACCAUAUGUGAAUGUGGCUGAUGAGUUGUCUCGUACAUAUGUGGAAAUGAAAGGACAGCUGUACAUGCAUGCUGGAGCUUUGCUGCUGAAAAUGGCCCAAGACAAUGAGGCACAGUGGAGAGCUAUGUGUGAACUAGCAGCAUUGUGUUAUCUCCUGAGUUUCCAGGUUCCUAAACCAAAGUCAAAACUCAUAAAGGGGGAUCAAACUGGACAAGAUAUGCUAGAAGUGUUGGCCUGUGAUCGAAAAAGCCAGUCUGGCCAUAUGCUGCUGAACUUAAGUCAUGGCAAGCAAGACUUCUUUAAAGAGAUUGUGGAGUCAUUUGCAAACAAGAGUGGCUCAUUUGCCUUGUUUGAUAGUCUGUUUGAGAGUGGAGCUUCUAAGGAGAGGUCUUUUAUCGGCACAGAUGAUAUUGGAAAUGUCUGUACACAAGCACCAUUGCAGGUGGAACUCCACAAAUAUGAUAUUGGUGCCAUUCGAUUGCACAAUGGCAGUCUCCAGCACCUCGUGUGGCUUGGUUUGCAGUGGAACUCUCUGUCAGUCUUACCUCCUGUGCGCAAAUGGUUAAAACAGCUUUUUCACUUGCCCCAAGAAACAUCAAGACUUGAGACAGAUGCUCCUGAAUCUAUUUGCCUGUUGGACCUUGAAGUAAGUGAACGUUCAAGUUCUUUAAGGUACGAUACAAAAAAUCUAGUUUUUUUGGUAAUUAAUAACUUUAUUUUUUUUAAAAAACAGGUAUUCCUACUUGGAGUGGUAUUCACUAGCAAUUUACAGUUGCAAGAGAAGUUUAAUUCUCACUACAGUGCACAUCAGCCUCAGUUCUUACCGUUGCCAAUAUGCAAACAACUCUAUACUGAAAAGCAAAGAUCCUGGUGGGAUGCUGUCCGUACUCUUCUUCAGAGAAAAUCAAUACCAGGAACAGCAGCAAAACUGAGGCUUAUUGUACAGCAUGGCAUAAGUACUCUGCGAACACUGGAGAAGCAUGGCCUUCAACCUGCCUUAAUCAUACACUGGGCAAAAAGCUUGCAGAAAACAGGAAUUAACCUUAACUCCUUCUAUGACCAGAAGGAAUAUAUUGGACGAAGUGUCUACUACUGGAGGAAAGUUCUUCCUAUGCUGGAAACUAUCAAAAAGAAGAGGAGUAUUUCUGAACCUACUGAUCCUCUCUUCAAACACUUCCAUAGUGUAGACAUUCAGGUCUUUCAGGUUGCAGCUUAUGAAGAAGAGGCACAGAUAGCAUUUGCUAUGUUGGAUGCAGUUGAUGGCAAAACUGACGAUGCUUUAUCAGCAUUUGAAGCUAUUGAGAAUGUGGUGUCUUACUGGAAUCUUGCCGUGAUUUUUCAAAGAAAAGCAGAAGAGAUUGAAAAUGAUGUCAUGCUGCCAGAAGAACAUGAGGAGCAUAAAACUUAUCUUCUUAAAGCCAAGUACUAUCUAAUGAAAAUUAUUGCAGAAAGCUCCUCAGAUAUGUCAGUUACUGAGAAAUUGCCAGUGUCUCUUGAAACUGUGAGAGAAGUGUUAGAUACAGUGAUCCAGGAACUUGGUGAGAAUGGUGAAGAGGGAAGUCUUUCCUUCAGAAACGGUCUGACACGAACUGUAGAUUCAGCAAUGAAACAUUCCACUCCAUCACCAAACAAGUUCUCUCUUUCACCGACUAAGACUUACAAGUUUUCUCCGAAAACUCCCCCUCAGUGGGCAGAAGACCAUAAAUCUAUACUUCAAAUGAUUUGCCAGCAAGUGGAAGCUUUAAAGAAUGAAAUGCAGGAAAUGAAACUUAAUAAUUCCAACACAAAUGCAUCUCAUCGGUGGCCUGCUGAAAACUAUGGAACUGAUGCAAUGCCAGACAGUUACCAGAGAGGACAAAAUCUUCAUGAAGCCCCAUUAACAGUUGCUACCACUGGCCCAUCUGUGUUCUACAGCCAGUCACCUGCCUAUAACUCUCAGUAUCUUCUGGGAACUGCUGCAACCAAUGUAACACCAGCAAAGCCUCCUGUCUAUGGCAUGAACCGACUUACGCCUCAGCCACAUAUAUAUUCCUAUCAACCACCACCCAUGCAUACACCACCUCUGCAAAACACUUCUGGUUGUAUGUUUUCCCAAGAAAUGUAUGGUCCACCUCUGCGUUUUGAUUCUUCUAGUACUGCACUCAUUUCUCCUCGUACAGCUGAUGAGUAUUACAACUACAGUGUUCCACAGGCAAGCACCAAUCCAACACUGCCUAAACCAGGGUAUUUCACAAACCGUUCAGCUACGCCGCCUACUUUAAAGCCUGCAGAUCCAAAAGCAAUGCCUAAAUUUGGACAGCCGGGAACAGCAGAAGGAUCAAAAACGGCUCUGCCAACACCAGCACAGCCAAGUCAGCCAACAACUUUUAAAUUUAAACCUAAUUUCAAGUCUAACGAUGGGGACUUCACUUUUUCUUCUCCUCCUCAAGUUGCACCACAGCCCCUUAAUGCACCUUUUAAUAGUAGAGAAAGCCUCUUGGAUCUUCUAACAUCUGAUAAACCUUUACAGGGUGAUAGGUACAUUGAACAAAAGCCAGUCAAUGAUCCCACAAACAGUUCAAGAAAUAUCUUCAGUUUUAGCAAUAAACAUAUUCCAGGCAUCUCUCUUCGAGAAAACACAGGACAAAACGCACACAAAAACCUGGGUUUUGAGAAGAAUGAUACGUUCAGUGUUCAAGAACCAAGCAAGCCUGUAUUUAUGGCUUCAAGUUCAGAUUUGGCCAACAGAAGUCAUGAAACAGAAGGAGGAAGCACCCAUGGUGGAGAUGAGGAUGAUGAUGGUCCUCACUUUGAUCCUGUGGUGCCACUUCCUGAUAAGAUUGAAGUAAAGACAGGUGAGGAAGAUGAAGAAGAAUUCUUCUGCAACCGAGCCAAACUCUUUCGUUUUGAUGCAGAAUCUAAAGAAUGGAAAGAAAGGGGUAUUGGAAAUGUGAAAAUACUGAAACAUAAAGUAUCUGGCAAAUUUCGUCUCUUAAUGAGACGGGAUCAAGUGCUGAAAAUCUGUGCAAAUCACUACAUAAAUAUUGAUAUGAAAUUAACUCCAAAUGCUGCAUCAGAUAAGUCAUUUGUAUGGCAUGCUUUGGACUAUGCAGAUGAAUUGCCAAAACCAGAACAGCUUGCAAUUAGAUUUAAAACACCUGAAGAAGCAAUGCUUUUCAAAAAAAAGUUUGAGGAGGCACAGAAUAUUUUAAAAUCCUUGGGAUCAAAUGCUUGCACAUCUGUGUCUCAGAGCAGUGGGACUGCAAAAGAAACAGCAAAUCAGGACAUCAAGGAGCCCAGCAGAGCCACUUCUGGGACCAUGAACUUGGGUUUUCAGUUUCCAAAAGAGGGAGCAAGCAGUGAACUGGACAGCAAAGGCACCUUUACAGGUACAUCCACUGUACCUAGCACUACUGCUUCAUUUGGAAAGGAUCCUCAGCAAUCCUCCGGUGGGUUUGGGCAGCAUCUCUUGAAGAAGGAUCAGUGGGAGUGUCAAGUAUGUUUGGUUCCAAAUGAAGCAACUGUAAAGAAUUGUGUAUCAUGUCAAAGUCCAAAUCCAAGUUUGUGGGAAACACAUGGCACCCCAUUAACAGGCUCUACAAGUUUGAAAACGAGUAGUAACACAGUGCAGGACAAGUUUGUAUCUGCUUUUGCUAAGAAGGAAGGUCAGUGGGACUGCUCUGUAUGCCUAUGCCAAAAUGAAGCAAAAGAUGUCAACUGCUGUUCCUGUCAGAGUCCAAAACCUCAAAAUCAACCAAAUACAUCCACACCUUCUGUUCAGGCAUCUGAUGCUCUGGGCUUUGAUUCCAUUGCUGAUAAAAGUAAGCCACAGAAAAAUGGGUUUGAAGGGCUUUUUGCUAAAAAGGAAGGUCAGUGGGACUGUAGUGUUUGUCUUGUGAGGAAUGAAGGUUCUUCACUAGCCUGCAUUGCCUGCGAAACACCAAAUCCAUCUGGUAAGCCGGCUGGUGAUACUUUGCCAACACCUGCUUUUGGCUUGAAAAAUAAAUUACCUGAACUUGGUGGAGGACAGUUGGGAACGGGCUUCAAGUUUGGUCUUGAGCAAGGCAAGACACCACCGUUUACGUUUCAGAUUUCUUCUGAUACUGAUAAGUCUGCAAAAGAAGGAUUUAGCUUUUCAAUGCAAAUGCCUGCAGGUGGAUUUAAAUUUGGGAUACAGGAGUCUAGUAAAACCACCGCUAAGAAAGAUGAGCCAUCCAAAGAGCAUACAACUAGUUUCUUAAAAAGUAUUGAUGAAAAAGACAAAAAGGAAUUGCCUUCAGACACUGGAACUGGAUUCCAGUUUCAAGAAGCAGCAGACAAGGAGAAAACUGACUUUGUUUUUGGGCAAAAUAGCAGCACUUCCACUUUUGCUGAGCUUGCGAAAAGUCCUCCUAAGGAAGGCUUUCAAUUUGGGAAAAAGGACCCUAACUUCAAAGGCUUUUCAGGUGCAGGUGAAAAAUUGUUUUCUUCACAAAAUUCUAAAACAGAUCAGAAAGCAAACACUUCUGCUGACCUUGGUGAGAAGGAUGAUGAUGUGUAUAAGACAGAGGACAGUGAUGAUAUCCAUUUUGAACCUAUAGUUCAGAUGCCUGAAAAAGUAGAACCAUUUACAGGAGAAGAAGAUGAGAAAGUGUUAUACUCCCAGAGAGUAAAGCUGUUCAGGUUUGAUCCAGAAACAAGCCAGUGGAAAGAACGUGGGGUGGGCAAUCUGAAGAUUCUUAAAAAUGAAGUUAAUGGCAAAGUAAGAAUAUUGAUGCGGCGUGAGCAGGUACUGAAGGUGUGUGCGAAUCACUGGAUAACGACAACAAUGAACUUGAAACAGCUGUCUGGCUCAGACAAAGCCUGGAUGUGGAUGGCCAAUGACUUUUCUGAUGGUGAUGCAAAGUUGGAACACCUGGCAGCAAAAUUCAAAACACCAGAGCAGGCUGAGGAGUUCAAACAGAAGUUUGAGGAAUGCCAGAGGCUACUACUAGAUAUACCAUUGCAGACACCCCAUAAACUUGUUGAUACAGGUAGGACAGCUCAGCUUAUACAGAGAGCAGAAGAAAUGAAGUGUGACUUAAAAGAUCUCAAAACUUUUCUGACAGAUGACAAAACUAAACUGUCAGAAGAGGAAAAUGUGAGCUCUGUUUGUACCAGCAGUACUUCUGAUUUGGUUAUAAAGCCACAUGCUGAAAGUACAGGCCCUACUCUGGAGUGGGAUAACUAUGACUUGCGUGAAGAAGCACUGGAUGAUAGUGUAAGUAGUUCUGUAUACGCAUCACCUCUUGCAAGUAGCCCUGUAAGGAAAAAUCUGUUUAGGUUUGGAGAGUCUACCACUGGUUUUAGUUUUAGCUUUAAGUCUGCUUUGAGUCCAUCCAAAUCUCCUGCCAAACAGAAUCAGAGUAGAACAUCAGUGGGCACAGAUGAAGAUUCUGAUGUUACUCAAGAAGAGGAAAGAGAUGGACAGUACUUUGAACCUGUGGUACCUCUGCCCGAUCUUGUGGAAGUGACCAGUGGUGAGGAAAAUGAGCAAGUUGUCUUCAGUCACAGAGCCAAACUCUACAGAUAUGACAAAGAUGCAAAUCAGUGGAAAGAGAGAGGGAUUGGGGAUAUCAAGAUAUUGCAGAACUAUGACAACAAACAAGUUCGUAUAGUAAUGAGAAGGGACCAGGUACUAAAACUGUGUGCCAAUCACAGGAUAACACCAGAUAUGAAUAUUCAACAAAUGAAAGGAUCUGAUAGAGCCUGGGUAUGGACUGCAUGUGACUUUGCAGAUGGGGAAAGAAAAGUAGAACUUCUGGCUGUGCGAUUCAAGCUGCAAGAUGUUGCAGACUCAUUUAAGCAAAUCUUUGAUGAAGCAAAGCAUGCCCAGGAGAGGGAGACACUGAUAACACCUCUUUCUUCUCGUGCCAAUACACCAAAGGAAUCUCCAUGUGGUAAAAAUGCUGUAGCUGUGCUAGAAGAAACAACCAGAGAAAGAACUGAUGUCAGCCAUGGUGAUGAUACUUCUGAUGGAACUGUAGAGGCUGCAGAGGUGUCAAAUACUUCUGAAACACCAACAAAAACAGUGGUUUCUCCUCCAAAGUUUGUAUUUGGAUCUGAAUCUGUCAAGAGCAUUUUCAGUAAUGAAAAGUCAAAGACGUUCACAUUUGGAAAUACUUCAGCCACUGGUUCUCUCUUUGGCUUCAGUUUUAAUCCCCCAAGAAGGAGUGAAGGCCAUAUUCCAGCAUCCCAGAACACAGCAAAGAAAGAACUGGAAGUCUCUGAACCACCGAAAGUCUCAAAUGCUACUCCGAAGCCGGUAGACAACUUGCCUGCUUCAACACAAGAUGGACCCUCUAACUUCUCAUUUAAAAUUCUGGAAAAAGCUGAGAAGACCACAGUGCCAGAGGAUGAUGUUCCAUCUGAUGAGGUUGAAAUAGUUUACGAGUUAACACCUACCCCUGAACAGAGAGCCCUUGCUGACUUCCUCAAGCUCCCUUCAACAUUCUUCUGUUACAAGAAUAAGCCUGGAUAUGUGAGUGACGAGGAUGAUGAUGAAGACUAUGAAACAGCAGUUAAGAAACUUAAUGGAAGACUCUAUCACAGUGAUUCAGAAAAGAAAAAGAAAGGUCAAGGUCCUGUAAAAGGCCUUACAGGAAAAAGUGAAUUCAACAAUGAAAGACAGUGUGCUGCUACUUGGGAAAAGAAAUCAGCUCCUGAGGGGAAGGAUGAAACAAAAGCUCUGCAGGUUCCUGUUACAUCUGUUUGUGGUGUCAGUACUGAUACUGAAGGCAACAGUCUAGAAGACGUAAAGUCAGAAGCUAAAAUUCAAGAAAAGAAAGAGAAUGAAGUUGCAAGCUCAAGUGACGUAGUCUGUACCAGUAAGGAAGAAACACCUGCUCCAUUAAAAGAUGAGGUGACAGUAUGUGUCCAGUCAGGUACCAGCAAUGAAGGAUCACAUUCCACCACAGAAACUGUGCAAGUAUCACAGACCUUUUCAAGAGCUGAAGACAAACCUGUAGAUUUGUCAGCUAAAAAGAGUGAAUCGGAUGGUUCAGAGUCAGCACAAGAAAACAGAAUCAUCUCAUUUGGUUUUGGCAAUACUGCAGGCCUGUCAUUUGCAGAUUUGGCAUCCAAAAGUUCUGAAGACUUUGCUUUUGGCUCAAAAGAUAAAAACUUCAAAUGGGCAAAUACAGGAGCAACUGUGUUUGGAGAUGCCACCCGUAAAGCAGAUGAAGAUGAAGGUGGUAGUGAUGAUGAGGUAGUACAUAAUGAUGAUAUCCACUUUGAGCCAAUUGUGUCCUUACCAGAGGUGGAGGUAAAAUCUGGAGAAGAAGACGAAGAAAUUCUCUUCAAGGAGAGGGCAAAACUUUACAGAUGGGACAGGGAUGUUAUUCAGUGGAAGGAGCGUGGUGUUGGAGAGAUCAAAAUACUCUUCCAUACACAGAAGAAAUACUAUAGAGUCCUAAUGAGAAGAGACCAAGUUCUUAAAGUCUGUGCAAACCAUGUUAUCACCAAAGAAAUGAAUUUAGUGCCCUCUGACACAUCAAACAAUGCUUUCAUUUGGACAGCCACAGAUUAUGCUGAUGGUGAAGUAAAAGUAGAGCAAUUUGCAGUCAGAUUUAAAAGCCAGGAAAUGGCCAAUUCUUUCAAGAAGAUGUUUGAAGAAUGCCAGCGAAGCUUGUCAGAACUACAGAAGGGGCACUUGUCUCUGGCAGCAGGACUGUCAAAGGACACCAACCCUGUUGUCUAUUUUGAAGUUUCUGCUGAUGAUGAACCUUUAGGACAUAUAACCAUGGAGCUGUUUGCAAAUAUUGUACCUCGAACUGCUGAAAAUUUCAGAGCCCUGUGCACAGGAGAGAAAGGAUUUGGAUUCAAGAACUCCCACUUCCACAGAGUUGUCACAGACUUUGUGUGUCAGGGAGGAGAUAUAACUAACCAUGAUGGUACAGGUGGACGGUCAAUUUAUGGAACAGCAUUUGAAGAUGAGAACUUCAUAGUGAAACACACUGGUCCUGGACUGUUGUCAAUGGCAAAUAAGGGCAGGGAUACAAAUAAUUCUCAGUUCUUCAUAACACUUAAAAAAGCAGAACACUUGGACUUCAAACAUGUGGUAUUUGGGUUUGUGAAAGAUGGAAUGGAUGUUGUGAAAAAGAUCGAAUCCUUUGGUUCUCCUAAAGGGCUAGUAAAUGGAAGAAUUGUCAUUACAGACUGUGGGCAAAUAUAGAAUUAUAUGAGUAUACAAAUGUUUUAGCAGUAUAAAUCAGUACUUAGAUGUUAUUGACUAAUUAUUUCAACUUCUUAAAAUGGACACUUCUGAUGUAUAAAUGUAAAAUUACAGGUUAUAGUUGAAUUUUUUUAUGUGUUAAUUGAUUUUUUUGCAUGGUAAAUAAAGUUCAGGCACUGGCAUA